CACCUAAAUGUGACGUACAGCGUCAAAGGACCCCUAGAGAGCUGCGAAUUUCAAAAAUUCAAAACAAACACGAGUUUGUUGUUUCAACAUGCGAGUGUGUCCUCUGGGCAGACGCAACCCCAACUUCCUCGUUUGAAAAAAGAAAUCAAUAAUAAAACAAUGGACGCAGAUGAAAAGCACGACUCCAGUAAUAAAGAUAAGUCUUUAGAUGUUCCUAAACCGCCUUCCAUCGAGGACUUCACCGUCCUGAAGCCCAUCAGCCGCGGUGCUUUUGGCAAAGUCUACCUUGCACGAAAGAAGUGCAAUGCACGAUUAUAUGCCAUUAAGAUGAUGAGGAAGUCAGACAUGGUGGACAAAAACAUGACUGGCCAGAUGAAGGCAGAGAGAGAUGCACUUGCUUUGAGCAAAAGCCCUUUUGUGGUUCACCUGUUUUACUCCCUCCAGACAGCCACCAAGAUCUACCUGGUGAUGGAAUACCUCAUUGGUGGAGAUGUCAAAUCUCUGCUUCACAUCUACGGGUAUUUCGACCAGGAUAUGUCUGUAAAGUUCAUUUCAGAGGUGGCACUGGCUUUGGAUUACCUCCACCGUCAUGGUAUAAUCCACAGGGACUUGAAGCCAGACAACAUGCUUAUAUCCAACAAAGGUCACAUCAAACUGACAGACUUUGGCCUCUCUAAGGUCAAGCUUGACAGAGAGCUGAGUCUUAUGGAUAUUCUUACUACUCCAUCCUUGGCUAAACCAACAAAAGAUUACUUCCGCACCCCGGGUCAAGUCCUCUCCCUAAUCAGCGCCAUGCGAUUUAAUUCACCUGCAGGAGAAGGCAAGCGUCACUGCGGCGCAUCAGCUAUGUCCAGUCCCAUGUCCUGUGGCAAAAUAAAACAAAAGAAUAGCUCUCUUGGUUCUCCCUUGAUGAAGAAAAAAGAUCAGCUGUGCUCUCCUGUUCCUUGGAAAACGGGACCCAACACUAUGAUGUUCAGCCCUCACAACCUGGCUAAAAAUCUGACCCCCUCACUGCUGAAGACCAGGAGGAGGUUUGAGACGAUGAGUGCAGGCAGCACCACCGACACCGAAGGUGGCAUCAGUCCACUGUGGGAGUGUGACGAGAAAGAAAAUCAACAUGCGAAUGAACAGAGAACAGGAGGGCGUUCUGAGUCCAAAGGGCCUGUACAGGAGUCUGUGCCCACAAAGCCGGCCAACUUUGGUUUCUCAUCCAAGGCCUCCAGAGUUCUGUCAGAUCCAGGCCAUCUCACGGAAAAGAAACCUCAUCCCAACACAGCUCCGGAUGAAUUCUGUCUUUCAGCCUCGUCUGUAAAGAGAACAUUCUCUGACAUUGAGAGAAGCCCCGAGCCUCGGGAGAGCCAAGCCAAGAAGAGUAACGCAGCCUACAAGAGAUGCUACGAGAUUCCAGGAGAGGCGACGAGGUUUCACACCGGCCUGACUGGAACAUUUUCCACCGUCCAAAUAGAUGACUUCAUGUCCUCCACUGAGGGGAUUGAGUUAUCUGACGACUGGAUCCCGAAGCGCUCCAGCCCCAUUGUCGUGGCCAAAAGUCUGUUUAGUGAGCUGGAGGAGCCGACAGAGGACGUGUUUGAAGACAGAGCCAAAGACCUGUCACAUUCAAGUUUCACAUCCCCGCUUGAUGGGAACAGUGACAUCUGCAGGAGCUUGAGCCUCGACUCUGACGGGUCAAUGCACGAAACUUCUCUCACUAUCGACAGCCGUGCAUCUUUCAAGCCAAGCAAGUUUUCCCAAAACAUGAACUCGACUUCAUCUGAGGAGCAAGAGGGGAACAAAGACUCGUCCAUCACUGACUCGCUCCCACAAACUCCAUCUGCCGUCUCUAACGAAACACCCAAACUUGGUAACUUUGGCCGGAAAGGAUCCCAGUCCUCCUUUCUGAACCGGCUCCCCGAUCAGAUCUGCGGUGUCGCACAGUCGCCCUCAUUCCUCAAGCCGCGGAAUAUCGUAGCUUUCCGUAGCUACUGUAGCUCCAUCAACCGCUCCAACGUGUCGGGGGUGUCCCGAUUUAGUGUCGGUUCUGUCGAGGCCAUGGACGUCUCCGCCACAGCUUCUCACCACUAUGCGUCCGGCAACGCCACACCAGUGCAGAAAAGACCCAGCUCCAACAGCUCACUCUAUCAGACUCCUCAGCCCAUGUCGACCUCUCACACCCCUUUCAGGACCCCGAAGAGCGUCAGAAGGGGUGCAAUGCCUGUGGAGGGUGCACAGAUUUUAGGUACUCCCGACUAUCUGGCUCCAGAGCUUCUGUUGGGAAAACCACACGACUGCAUGGUGGAUUGGUGGGCGCUUGGUGUGUGUCUUUUCGAGUUCCUCACAGGCGUUCCUCCUUUCAACGACGAGACGCCUCAGCUGGUCUUCCAGAAUAUUCUCAACCGAGAUAUUCCCUGGCCUGAGGAAGAGGAGGAACUGUCUGUAAACGCAAGAAAUGCGAUUGAAAUCCUCCUGACCAUGGACAUGACAAAGCGAGCUGGUCUAAAGGAACUCAGGUGUCACCCCCUGUUUGAGGGCCUGGACUGGGACGACCUGCAGAACCAGCCGAUGCCUUUCAUCCCUCAGCCAGAGGACGAAACCGACACCUCGUACUUUGACGCGAGAAACAACGCUCAGCACAUCUCCGUGUCCGGCUUCAGUCUGUAGAGUUACGCACUUUAACAGCUUAAGAGUUUUAUUAAAGCAGUCAACACAUUUUGGCUGCUGGUGACGUGUGAAAUUCAGAUUCAGAUCCAUUAUACAAAUAAAUACACAGUAAUGAUGUGGAUUUUGAUUGUUUUUCUGUUUAAGGUUAUCAUAUUUUUAAAUAAACAUUUUACCUAAUGUGCAAUCAGCGGUCAUAAGAGCCAGAAAAAAACUGAAUCUGUUGACCGCUCAGUUAGUUACAAGUAUGCAUUGCAGAAAGUUAACUUCUUUUAAAUCUUAGUAUUACCAUAUUACACAGUUCUCUUAAAUUAGGUUCUUAUUCUAGAAGAGAUUUUGCUACUGCUUUGACUUUAUAAUAGGUUUUGAUUUCUGAUGAUAUGUUGAUUAAAUGCAAGAUAACUCUUUAUGUUACGUCUCCAUGCAGAUACGCUCCAUGUAUUUCUGCACUGUUCAUCGUUGUAAUGUUCCCCUGCUGAUAGCGGACUGGGUGGGCGGGCCUCCUGAAUUUCCCUUUAAGGGUACAAUACUGCUGAAGAAAAGCAUAAUAUAUUCAUAAAUAAUGUAUUUUAUAUGUAAAUCUUGUUUAUAACAUUCUGUGUCAUUAUUUUAAGACUGGAGUAGAGUACUGUGUGUUGUAAUGGCAAUGCUUUUUGCUGCUUUUAUGUCACUUGCGCUUGUGAUUUUGGUGUGAUCUCCUGUCCGUUUUUCCACACUACUUGCUUUUUUUAAGAUAAGUUCACGAGGCUCCCAGCUGCUUGUGAAAUUUUAUCU